UUGCUGUGGGGACUGUUGGGUUGUGUGCACAAAUGUCAGCUGAAGGCGACGUGUGAAGCCUUCACUUACAACAAGAAAACGAGGGACUGUAAUAUGUAUGAUCAGUUUGAGUUUUCGUCACCAAACAACAUCAGCGGCAGUAAUGUUCUCACCUCCAUCAUCAGCGACUGGAACAGUGAACAGAGCUACACGGAAGGCCGCGUGAAUCAAGCACUGACGCCAGGGCAAGAUUGUUUCAUACGGGCCACAGAACAGCUGCUUCCAGGCGGGACUGUUAUCAAGAGAAGACGCUUCUACAAUGGCACGUUGAAUGUCACCCUUUCAGGCAGAGAAUGUCAGAAGUGGAUUUCAAACACACCCCACAAGCAUGAUGUCAAUGGCAAUGUCCCUGGCCAUUUCGCAACUGGAGAAUCUAUGGAAGAAGUUGCCAACUACUGCCGCAUUGUUCUUACUGACACAGUUGACAUACCGUGGUGUUACACAACAGAUAUUGCCCAACGCUGGGACAAAUGCAACGUAACUGAAUGCAAGUAGUUGUGGUCAAUAUGCUAACUUUAGCAGUACCCAGGCAGCAAGCCAACAUAGGGUGAACUUCAUUUUUUCUCACUAUUUGUCUAGUGUCAUUUCUCCUCGCUCGGCAAUACUAGCUCAGCAAUACUAGCUUAGCAAUACCAGCUCAGCAAUACUAGCUCAGCAAUACUAGCUCAGCAAUACUAGCUCAGCAAUACCAGUUCAGCAAUACCAGCUCAGCAAUACCAGCUCAACAAUACCAGCUCAACAAUACCAGCUCAGCAAUACUAGCUCAGCAGUAGCCAAGCACGUGUCCAGGACUGACCCACUGAUGACUCACUUGUAAGCUGUUGUCGUUGAGACCUCACGGCAUCCUUUAUGAUCCUGUGACUGAUAAGAUAACAAAAAUGAAAGUGAUUGGCUAUAGAUGAAUGAUUGUUGGUUCAUGAAAUUACAUCGAGCACAUAACCAACAAAUCUGAGUACUUUUAUAAGCUGUUUCGAUUAGUUUCCAAAUUCACAACCAAUUGCAUUGAGGUUUAAAGAAACCAAGAUACCUUUGGUUCAGAUAUUGCUUCUGAAAUAAAGCGUUUAUAUAUA